AUGACCACUUCAUUUCACCACAAUACACAACAAUCUUCAUCCUUUAUCGGUGCCGAUGGUCGUAUCGUUCUCACUCCAAGACGAUCACAAGAGGAUAGUGCAGUGUACAGUCACUUGGGUACACCAUCCGUUGGCUCAAUCCAUCAAGAUUUGUCACAGCUUAAUGCAUCAAGUGUGCACUCUGAUGAUGAGCAAUCAAAACAUACUUUAUCGUCAAGAGCAUUGGCAUCGUUACGUUUGCUAGCUGAUGUGCUUUUUGCUCUGUGUCUUCUCGUGGCCGUCGGUUCACGUGCAAGCAUUGUGUCGCUGUAUUAUCUUUUCGUCUUUUGCUACGGCGUGGUGAAUUCUUUCCAGUCACAUGUUGUAACUCUUCUUACUUUAUUUGUGGCGCUUGUGGCAUGUGUAUGCCACAUAGUCAUUCGUAAUGUUUAUGGAGACGGCAAUAGCUAUGACAGUGCGAAUGUCGUUAAACUCUUUGGGUUUCAAUCCCUGCAUGACUCGAAUGACUAUUUUCGAACAAUUGGAGUGGAUAUUUUGGUGGUUGUGUGUAGUGCAAUUCACUAUUGGUACGUUUUGCGAAGACUCAAUGUUCGAUCUGAAAAGCAGCAACAGGAAACUUUGGCUCAAGAACAUUUUGAUCUAUUUGAAAUGGGUGGACACUUGAUGAAUAGCCAAGAAAUGAAAAAGGAUCGUCGAAAAACCAUGUUACGAGCUGUGGAGCUAUUAUGUACUACACUUCUUGCGCUUACGUCUGUAGCUGUGCCAGCGUUAGCUUCAGGACUGUUAUAUGUGGUGUUAUUGGUGAGAUUAGUUUGCUAUACUGUGUUUGUUCGGAAAAUGACUAUACAAGAAUUGCUCUCACGCAAGUCUGGCGUCAAAUUCUCGAGCUAUUUUCUUGGACCACGAAUCACAAAGCUUGUGCUCACAUUGUGUUUUGUGAUGAUUGUAACAUGGUAUUGUGUUCAUCUCGACCAAGUAACAGAUAAUGACACUGCACAAACUAUUGCCAAGUACGCAGGGUAUGCGAAUUUUCGGACACGUGGAGUUCAAUGGCAGUAUUUUUUCUUUGCUGGCUUCUUGUUCUUGCUCUUUGUGAGUUCUGCCAAACUUCACAAUUUGCAUUUAGAGACUAGACGUGCUGAUAGGAGCACAAACGGAGAAGUCGCAGCCAUUGAUUUAGGUUCUGUUGACGCAGAUGUUGCUGAGUCGCUGCUUGACCAGCGCCAUCGAGCUCAGACUGUAGAUAUCAAGGAAAUGCUGAACAAACAAUCAAUUGUCGUGCGCGCGUUUGCUAGGGAUGGAGGACUGUUACUGGGUAGCGCAGGGGCAAUUGCGUGGUGUGUAUCGUACCCGUCGUAUCUAUCUGCUCCAUUUCUAGCGUUGGCAUUCAUAACAAUUGCGCUGUUCGGAGUCUUGUCGUCGUCUUUUUGUAUGUGGCUUUUGAUCGCAUACGGUUCACUUCUGGCGGUCGUUGAGUACACGAGCAACCUCACGAUCAACUUCUUUUCCGAUGAUUACACUAGAUACGGAUUGCGAGUCUUUAAAUAUCCGUUUCUAGAUAUUGGCGCGCAUACACUGUGCCUCGUAUUCAUGUCCUUAUCUAUUCGAACGCAAUGGCGAUAUCAAGAUGUUUUGAAUGAGUCACGAAAGCGUCGUAAUACUGUGAAAGACCUUGAUGCUCGAGAAGCAAAACGCGACAAAGAUGGAGGUGACAAGGACAAUUUUGAACGCUUGGCAAAGAUGCGAAAUCAAAUUCGAGAAGGAUGGCGAUCUGCUGCGCGUCUGUGGUUUGCAGAUGCCAAACGUGUCAUCUUUACUCAUUUAGAUGCACUGGUGUUAACUACAAUUUUGAUUGUUGCUUUGAGUACGCAUGUUUCAUUUCUUCAGAUUGGAUAUCUGGUGCUUGCAGCUGCCUUAAUGUUAUUUUACGAGCAGCGAAGACGCCUCUGGCGCGCUUUAUUGCUGUAUGCGCUUGGAGCUUGCUUUGCAGUAUUUGUUCAAAAUAUUGAUUGCACCAAGAGCUCCGAACUGGAAAUGAUCGGUCUACAGUGUUAUAAUCGAGAGCGGUCGACAUGGGGCUCGUUGUGGCCAACACUUUUUAGCGCGCAGCUUUUAAUUAUAUUGCAAUUAGUGUUCCAACUUGUGAUGUAUGUAGCAAAUGUUGAGGAAUAUCACGAACGCAUUCGAACAAAAGAUCACGUUCGGCAAAAUCCUGUGUAUUUUAUUUCUCGUCUGGCCGUCGAGAUUGAUAACUGGUUCCGAAUUGGCGGAGUGGUGCUGUGCUACAUCGCAUUUAUCGUCAUAGCGGUGCAGUAUGAAAGCGGACCAACAACAUUGAGCACGAAUUUGGUUGGAGCUUUGCAAUUGGCAAUGUUUUUGACCAUUUUUGGAAAUCAUUUAGGUGGUUUUUCGUUUGCUCCAAGAAGGUCGUUACGACUCAAACUGUUGUGGUCAAUAGCUCUAUUGACUGAAGUUCUGAUACUCGUAGCUCGAUAUGUUUAUCAAUUCGAAGCAGUGGCGAAGUACUUAGAUAUGAAUUUGUUCACGUCUUCAUUCAUAUCAGCAAAGGAUUUUGGACUUAAGUACCACACGUCUGAUAGUGGACUUUCGGACUUGUUUGUAUAUUUGCUACCAACAGUGGUGUUGACGGGUCUAUGCUUUUGGCAGCUGUCAUCAAUGAUGAAGGAGGUAGCGCCGUAUGAUUUGUUCACUCCUGGUCGUAGUCGUGCCGCGGACAGCUUUCGUGCGAUGAUGGAAGCGAUCCAGCAAAUUUUGAUUUCAUUCAGUGCAACGGCGCUAGUAAUUGUGACGAUGUGGGUCGCGCUCAACCAAAUUAAUUUUGUGGGUCUACUUUAUACUAUUGUACUGAUUGUUGGCCGUGCACUGAGUGAUGCUUGGAAGCAGCUGUGGUUCCCUCUUUUCUGGCUUGCAACACUUGUCAUGCUUUUAAAGUAUAUGAUUCAAUUAAGCACAAUGAAUGCCGAACAGACAGAAUACGGAGCUUUAGCUAAGCCAGGAGAUGAUAGCGAUUGGGUUGGCACAAUCCGCUUAGAUGAACGCUAUGGCGAUAGCGAAGGUAAAGCGAAGCUUUGGAAGCUGCUGGCCGGUGAGUUUUGGAUCAUUUUGGCAUGUUCCUUCCAGCGGGUGGCGCAGUAUUUUGACUCGUCCUCGUCUGCACGGCGCCACUUGGAACUGGAAGAAUUGACAGCGAAAUUUGAAGAGCAGUACGCUCUGUAUGCAGCCAACAACUUGGAUUCCAAUCAUCCGACCUCAUCUUGCCAAGUAGAUGACGAUGACGAUGACUUCAAAACGCGAGCAAGAGCUUUCACGUACAAUGACGAAAAUUCUACUUUUGCACGCUCGAGAAAAAAGUCACAUAUAGACGGAGAAUCCGAAAGCAAACGUGAACAGCACAUGUCAUCGAUGACAUCUGACGAUAAAGAUUUUUUUUCUCGCUUAAAACACUUUGGAGCUACGUAUGCUGGCAAGGCAUCAGUGAACGUGGUGAUGCUUUUGCUGACAAUAUCGUGUUUUGUUCAUCAAGAUAUCAUAGCGAUCGUUUAUCUUUUGAUUGUGUAUAGUAUGAUGUAUGCGUCUCCAGCUUCCAUUUGUCGACAAUGGUGGGCUCUUGCUUGGCUACUUUCGUUAGUGAUUCUGUCGAUGUACGUAGUUAUGUUGUGGCUGCCUCCUUUUAUGGAUGUUGAGAUGGAAGAAACAUUUCCAUGGCGAGUUGUUGCUGACACUCAUGAAAAAUGGUUUAUGCUGAACAAUCAACAAAAGUGGGGCUUAAUGACUGACUUUGUAGCUCUGUUAAGUGUGUAUCUCUUACCCAAUACAAAAAGGUUUACUGAAGAAGAAGAGGUGAUCUCAGUAUUGGAUGAAUCAGCAUCUGCUCUCCAUCUUAUUUGUAAUCGGAGAGGAGAAGAAGAAAUGACGGAGGGAACGACUCAAGCACCUUUUGCAAUGUCUUCUGGAGAAAUCACGUACGUUUUAAUGAUGCGAAAUUACGUUUGGUAUUAUCUCGAAUAUAUCUUUUUGGCGCAUUGGUUGCCAUUUCUCCUUCUUUUAGUAUUCGUUUGUGGUGCCAAACAAGGAGGUGCUGUUUCAAUUGUGUACUUGUUGGGGUCACUUGCGAUGUUGUAUCGACUAGAUGAAGCUCGUGAGCCUUCCAAUCCUUGGAUUCAUUACUUACGAAAAUCGACUUGGGCUCACUUGUUCAUCAUUACAAUCAUUAAUGCACCAUACGUCUAUGCUACACUGAGCAAUUGUCUCAUUGGAUCAAAAGCGAACAAUGACGAUAGCUGCAUGUCUGUUGCAAAUUUCCUUGGCGUUGAAGCCAACAGAACCCCCAAAGGUCUGAUUGCUCUGUUCGUAUUAAUUUCGAUUCAGUGCGAAAUUCUUAUGGCGCCAACUUAUCAAACAGUAUUCGCAAUUUUAAAAAGUGAGCAGCAGCGUGCAUUGAUUCGUCGCGACGACAUUGUGCGUGAUUUCUUCCGUCGUCGAACCGAGCAGUGGUAUGCGAUGAAAAAGGAUAAGAAUGCAGCUAUUCAGCGUCUCAAAGUUAUUGUCUCAAAACUUGUGCACAAAGUCGAAGAGUUGAUGGACAUUGCACGCGGACUUCACCACAACUUGCCACCUAUGGCUCCGUCCAAGCCUAUCGUCGUUGAGAGAUCUCAAAACUCGGCAACAAUCUCCUGGGAAAAACCAUCAAACAGCUAUCACAAGAUCCGCUAUUAUCGGAUAUCAAGACAGCAAUAUCCAUCGCUGACGCUUUUAGGCGACUUUGGAGACAUUGUCGAGAUUCCGGGUGACCGUUGUGAGGCUAGAAUUGAGGGACUUCGUCCUGGAACUAGCUAUCAGUUUAAAGUAUGUGCGGUUUCACGAAUGGGAGAAGGUCCGUUUAGUAUCGCAAGCGAUCCGAUCGCAACAUAUCCUUUGAAUCUUGAUGGUACAACAACGGCUGGCUGGAUGAAAUAUCGCCGUGAGAAACUCCCAGCUUCACGCUUGGCGUUCCUCGUAUCGUGGAUCAAUGCCAAGUAUUUGCAUCGGUACGUGGUCAUUGACUCGAGUCACUUGAUAUUUUACCAGGACGAGGAAAGAGCUUUAAAACACCGCGGUCGUAAGCACAGAAAGCGUUUGAAAACGUCAUUUAAGUGGCGUGACGUUGUCUCUUUCAAGCUAAGCGACAUUAAGGUGCAGUACGACGACAUAUCGCCGUCUCUUUACUGCUUUGAGCUUGUUGUGCGACAUAUAGGCAGCCGUGGCGACGUUAAGUACGUCUUUCAAUCUGAGUUAUCGAAAGAAUUCAACAUGUUUCUCGUUGCGAUGGCAUUUGCUGUUCCUCGUGAGGCUUUAGAAGAUAACGUUCUCGCUUGCUUAAGGGAACGCCAGUUGCCAAAUCCACUGGAUGCAGCAUCACCCCGUCGUAUGACGGAUGAAAACAUGCCUUUCGAUGAUGAUAAAAGUGAAUGGAGUAGUGUGACCGGGGAUGAAAGCACUUUCGGAGAUCCAGAAGAUGAGAAUUUUGACUCUGAAAACAAUUUUGCAUGGCGUCUUCCAGUAUAUAGAUUCCUGUACAAAUUUCAAAAUGCUGGAUUUCGGCUCGAAUCGACGCAGUACGAAGAAGAUGAUUUGAAUGAGCCAUCGAUUGCUGAAUUGGUACAGCUUAUUAUCCAUGCAGUGCGCAGUAAAAGCGGCAGCUUAUGUUGUCUAGCCUUGGUGGUAUGCUUCACCGUACAGGCGGAUUUGUUUAACAUGCUGUACGUAAUUGCUGCCUUUGCGUUCUUGAUCAUUGAGAAUCCGCGUCCGGCCCCGACCGUUUGGACCCAUUUACUAGCUUACACGUGUUGCAUCAUCGCAGUGCGCUACGUGUUUCAACUUUCAAUCUUUUGUACUGGCAUAACAAAUAACGGUUCUUUCUACCCGAGCAUUGAACCGUUCUGCAUGACUGCUACUGAGGCGGAAACAAAUGCCAAGUCGAUCCAAGCGAUGGUACUGUUGGGAUUAUAUAAAUUCGACGGCAUUGCGAUUGACAGCGUCACAUCGGUGUUUGAUGGUCUUCAGUGGAACUUUUAUGUCAUGCUCUUUCUAUUGUGGCAUUUACGAGAGCUUCGUCUUCAAGGUUUCUUGGCGGAAACAAACAAUGGAGAGAGUAUCCAAGCUUCAUCACGGUACAAGUCAGAAGCGAUGCGGGGACUACGGAAUUCCUUUUCGUCGUCUCACGACUCAAUUGAUGAUGCUCUCCUCGACGAUUGCCGUGAGAGCAGCAAAAAACUUGAACGUGAUAGAAGCCUCCGGCUGCUUAUACCUCCGGUCCCUUCGCUAACGUCCCAGCGAAGUAGUCGACAUGUGCCUGAUGUGAAUAGAAAUGAGACGAGCGCUUGUACUCACAGUAUUGACAGCGCAGACAUUCGUAGCGAAGUGGUGGCCCAGGUUUUAGAAAAAAUUAAAGAGCAAGAGAGACUUGACGCUGAAAAAAAGGCUGAAACGGCGCAGGCUGCCGCUGAUAACGCCCAUGUCGCGCUUUCUCCGUCGUCCAGACGGUCGCUUGAGUAUGAAGCAUCAGUUGGAGAUUUAUCGUCACCAUCCUCAAAAGCAUUAAAAGAUGGCAUCGUCUCGAAGCAGAUUGAGAUUGAUGCCGAUGAUACCGAGAUAGGAUUUCACGCGCGUGCGAAGGAGUCCUGGCUUGAGAAAAAGUAUCCGAAAAUUUAUGACUAUUUUCAGACUGUCAUUUGCAAGCCACCUGCUCAAUGGGACAAAGACAUAUAUGUGGCUAUCACUGGUGAUAAACCUGGAUGCGAUUUCUACACAGCUUCUCUUUCUGUGCUUUUGUUGUCAGCGGUAUACGCAGUGAUUUUUUACAAGAAGUUAGGCGAGCCAGAUGCGUCCAGUACUUCUGUAGCUGAUGCAAACAGCCGAAUUUCGUCGUCGUCACUCCUAUCUGGGUAUCUCGUGCUGAUGGUUUUAGUCGAGCUGAUCUUUAUUAUAUGGGAUCGAGUGGCAUACGUGACGUCUUCGCUCAAAUCGAAGGUGAUACUUCAGUACUCGUACACAAUUGUGCUGCACUUGACGGUAUGGUACCUCCUUCCAAGCAAUAUGAAUGUCUAUUUUCAGCAACGACCUGCGCUCGUGGUUUUCUAUCUCUUACAGUGCCUGUAUCUCUGGCUUAGUGCGUUACAGAUCCGAUACGGAUACCCAGCCUAUCUCGGUAGUCGCUACAACUACACAGAGGAAACGAAAGUAACAGCACUACGCGAGACGCUAUUUGGACUGAUGAUGCAAGCACCGUUUUUAUUUGAGAUGCGGGCAUUGCUAGACUACAUUUGCACAAAGACGUCACUUAGCUGGCAGCACUGGAUCCUUUUGGAAGAUACUGCGGCUCAUUUAUUCAAUGUUAAAGGCAGUAUGAAAGGACGAGUCGAGCAGGCAGAAAUUCUUCAAGGCAAACAGCGACAACCGAUGAAGGCGAAGCUCACGUCAGCUGGUAUCAUGUUGCUGUUCUUACUCAUUUGUCUUGUUGGUCCAUUGACUAUGUUCAGCUCAAUUAACCCGAGCACAACUCCAAAUGACGUGACGUUAACAACUGUCGUCUUUGGGAUUGUCGAUAAACAGGAGACGAUGAAUCAAUUAUAUACGAACAGUGACAGCAACAGUGCGUCGUGUCAUGUUGACUUGAAUACGGACAGUGCAUCCGUACAGUGUAUCGAAUUUGAUGUGUUUUCGUACGACGGGUGGGAAUUGUCUCCACCGCGAUUGGAUCUUCUUGUUUCGCAGCUCCAAUCGACUCAAGCACUUAAUUGGACGAUCACGUUUACAUUUACGCGACCAGGUCCCAAAAAUGAUGAAACGAUUUCGGCGAGAUACUCAGUAAAGAUGACAGAUGAACAUCGCAACGCACUCAUUCCUAUGGUCAAGCAGAAAGUGGCUGAUGAUAAUAGCACGGUAUUGUCCCCUAUUCAAAUUGACAAACUCUUUCCUGCAGUCCUUCAACUGACAGCAAAUAGUGGAGCUCUUCAACGUUCUACAGAAAUGCGUUCAGUAGCUGUUAUGAAACAUACUUCCGAUGGAUCGACGUGGUGGACUAUUGAGCCUGUCGUGACAUCAUCUGAUUCAAAUUUCUGCUCAUCAUCGUACCCAUUCUGUAUCGUUGCUGUGUCGGACAGAAUCGUUCAAGGUCUAACGACCUUAGGCAUAAGCUCAUAUGGACUUACUGCUGUGUACAUUUUUGUCGUGGUUACUGUGGGCAGUGCUGUCAAGGGAUUCUUUCGCGGCAAGUUGUAUCAGAUUCAAUAUGAAGAACUACCGGAUCCUGAAGACGUGCUGGAACUUGUGGAAGGCAUCUAUAUUGCCCGGAAAGAACGCUACGUGGGGCAUCUAAAAGAUGAAGUUCGCCUUUUUGAAACGCUUGUACGCGUAUUGCGAUCACCAGAGACGUUAAUUAAAGUCACAGGCAUCAACAUCAUUCAUAUUCCAACUGCAAAGGAAAAGCUUGAUUGA